CGCCGCGACUCGCGCGUGGAUCACACGGAAGACAUUCAAGCGUCCCCAUAGGCCGUCUCGAGGGAGGCCAGGGCUCGUCACUCCGUCCCAUCACUCCCGCGGAGAAAACCCAGCCGUCAGAUCCGCGCUCGUCGUCCGAGAAACUCCUCCGAUCGCCUCCACUUUUUGGUUCUCUUGUUGUUUCCCUAGGGAAGCUUUUUCCCCUCAAAUACACUCACUAGGGGUUUCAUAGCAAGUGAAGGUCAAGGAAGGAAGUGCACUAAAUGAAGGCUCUUUUAUGUGGACUGGUCCUAAUAGGGCGAUCUUAACAAUUUUGUAGCUUCGUUCUGAAAUCUGGAGCAAUAAUUGCAUGGGAAGUAUAAGAAAUGUUAGUGGAGAUGAAGGCAAGUGAUUGCAGUGAAGAAGAGGCGCGUCCAUUCCUCCAAGGAUCCGCCAGCCCAACCAAUGCCUCACAGCUUCAGUCCGAUCCUGCAAUACCUGCCCCCAUGACUUGGCAUCGUAAAAUAAACAGUGUGGACAAUGCUAUCUCAGAGUUUACUCUAAGUUACACAGAGAUGCUGAAGAUGGCUCCCCUAGGUCUGAGAAUGUUGCGCCAUGUGAGGAGAGAAACCUCAAAAGGACGGAAGGCACUGAUUGAUCCUUUCAGUCAACGUAAAAUUCUUCCUUCUCAAGGUGUCCCGCUUGGAGGCAUGGGUGCAGGAAGCAUUGUCAGAAGUUAUAAAGGUGAGUUUCAACGGUGGCAACUGUUUCCUGGGGAAUGGGAGGAAGAACCCAUCUUGGCCAAUCAAUUUUCGGUCUUCAUCUCCCGUCAAAAUGGUAAAAAGUUUUCCUCUGUAUUACAUUCUGGAUGCCCGGAUAGGAUCAAAGAAAGUAUUGGUUCAGGGAUUGGGUCUUGGGACUGGAAAUUGGAUGGAAAAAGUUCCACCUAUCAUGCAUUGUACCCAAGGGCAUGGACUGUAUAUGAAGGAGAACCUGAUCCAGAACUUAAAAUUGUGUGCAAACAAAUAUCUCCUUUUAUACCCCACAAUUAUCGAGAGAGCAGCUUCCCUGUUGCAGUAUUUACAUUUAUGCUAACGAAUUCAGGCAACAGUGAUGCUGAUGUCACCAUUCUUUUCACAUGGGCUAAUUCGGUUGGUGGGGAUUCAGAAUUUUCUGGUGGUCAUCGCAAUAAAAGUUUUACGAAAAAUUCUGGUGUCAGAGGAGUACUUCUACAUCACAAGACUGCUGGUGGUCAUCCUCCGAUAACAUUUGCUAUAGCAUCUCAGGAGACUGAUUUAGUACAUGUAUCAGAAUGCCCUUGCUUCUUGAUAUCUGGUAAUGCUCAUGGCUUCUCAGCGGAAGAUCUUUGGCAUCAAAUCAAAAAGCAUAGAUCAUUUGAUCAGGUUGAUCUUCAUGGGAUGUUGAUGCCUUCAGAGAAGGGAUCAUCUAUUGGAGCUGCAAUAGCUUCUUCAGUGACUGUUCCAUCCAAUAAAGUCCGCACUGUUACCUUUGCAUUAGCAUGGGCUUGCCCACAAGUCAAAUUUUCCAGUGGUAAGGCAUACCAUAGCAGACGGUAUACAAAAUUUUAUGGCUCCGAUAACGAUGCAGCAGCUGAUAUUGCACAUGAUGCUAUUCUUGAGCAUGAGAACUGGGAGAAUCACAUAGAAAUGUGGCAGAGCCCCAUUCUUCAAGAUACAAGUCUUCCUGAUUGGUAUAGGGUGACCCUCUUUAAUGAGCUUUAUUAUCUUAAUGCGGGAGGAACAAUUUGGACAGAUGGCAAUCCUCCUAUUCGGGAACAUGUUUCUGCUAUAGAUGAAAAAUUUUCCCUUGAUAAAUCCAGUUGUAACAACUUGGGUAGCGGCAACCAUGAUACUGCAGUUGAUAUCCUUGAUAGGAUGGCUGGCAUUCUUGAACAGAUACGUAAUCCCCAGACGUCAAACUCAGCAUAUGGACCUUCAUUGCUUCAAGAUGGAGAAGAAAAUGUCGGACAAUUCUUAUAUCUUGAAGGAAUUGAGUAUCUUAUGUGGAACACUUAUGAUGUCCACUUUUAUGCAUCAUUUGCCUUAGUAAUGACAUUUCCAGAGCUUGAACUAAGCAUCCAGAGAGAUUUUGCAGCAGCUGUAAUGAUGAAUGAUCCCGAAAAAGUGCAGACGUUAUCUGAUGGUCAGUGGGUUGCAAGAAAGGUUCUUGGUGCUGUUCCCCAUGAUCUUGGACUGCACGAUCCCUGGUUUGAAGUGAACAUUUAUAACCUCCACAACACAGAUAAGUGGAAAGAUUUAAAUUCAAAAUUUGUACUUCAAGUGUACAGGGAUUUUGUUGCAACUGGUAAUAAGUCAUUUUGCCGUGCUGUUUGGCCAUCAGUUUACAUGGCCAUGGCUUACAUGGAGCAGUUUGACAAAGAUAUGGAUGGGAUGAUUGAGAAUGAAGGUUUUCCUGAUCAAACGUAUGAUGUCUGGGCUGCAACUGGUGUAAGUGCUUAUACAGGAGGUCUUUGGGUGGCAGCAUUGCAGGCUGCUGCUGCUAUGGCACAUGAAGUUGGAGAUCAGGUUUCUGAAGAAACUUUUUGGAAUAAAUUUGAGAAAGCUAAACGGGCAUAUGAUACAUUGUGGAAUGGUUCUUAUUUCAAUUAUGACAGUAGUAACAGCAUUUCAAACUCAUCUAUUCAAGCAGAUCAAUUGGCUGGAAACUGGUACGCAAGGGCUUGUGGUCUUGCAGCAAUUGUGGAUAAAGGCAAAGCACAAAUGGCACUUGAGAAGAUUUAUAAUUUCAAUGUACUACAAUUCAAAGAAGGAAAGCGAGGGGCUGUCAAUGGGAUGCUACCAGAUGGACGAAUUGAUACAACAGCGAUGCAGUCAAGAGAGGUAUGGCCAGGGGUGACUUAUGCUCUAGCUGCUAACAUGAUUCAGGAAGGCAUGGAAGAGGAAGCUUUUAGGACUGCAGAAGGAGUCUAUGAAGCUGUCUGGUCUCAACAGGGUCUCAGUUUUGCCUUCCAAACUCCUGAAGCCUGGACAAGUGCCGACGAGUACCGGUCUAUCUCCUACAUGCGGCCUCUUGCCAUCUGGGCGAUGCAGUGGGCACUUUCAUCCCCUCAGCGUGGCAAAGAAGUUACGAGGAUGAGAAGGGAAACAGGUGAUUCUUUCAUGCAUCACACAGGAUAUGCAGCAGUCGCUGGCUUUCUGAGCCUGCCUGAAGAGCAAAAAGCCAAGAGCUUCAUCCGGGUCCUUUAUGAUUACACUUGCAGAAGACUCUGGCUUUGAUUAUCCAGCUUGGCUCAACACGGUUCUGUUCAUACUCUCAUUGAUACAGUUACUCUUUUACAAUGCGCUGGUCACUGGUGGAGUAUAAUCCGGCUUACCUCUGCUGAGCCGUUUAGACUAGAUCAAUGACCCUUCUCGAAUCCGUAACCGAAGGAUGUACGAUAGAUACAAGCUCAUUGAAUAUAAUUUAUUUGUACUAUAAAAACUUGUCUUUGACGAUGUGAAAUGUAAUUUUACAAAUUUAUUUCCGAUGACUUGUUAUUGGAGGUUUCAUCCAUUAAAAGAUUAUGUAAUUGAGAUGAAAAAACAUGGAUUGUCUUUCCUCUUA